AUGCUGCUCCACAAACGUCUGCAGACGAGCCGGCCCUGCCAGGGCAAGCUCGCGGGCCUCGGCGCCCUCGUCACCGAAGCCGUUGCUGUGAAGGCCGAGGUCCCGGAGGCGGCCGUGGCUGCGGAGGGCGCCCGCCAAGGCCUGCGCAGCCGCACCCAGGAGUGUGCGGAGAGAGAAAGCUCAGGAGUCCCAAGUGCUCAUGCUGCAGUGUUGCCACUUGCGCAAGAGACACGCACAUGCCGGAAGUGUUGUGUUUUCACGAUGCCUUGUGAAGUGCGGGACUCGCAACCGGAUAUCGUUGGCUUAAUGUCUUUCCGGUUUGGGAGUGCCUGA